AUGGCCUCCCACGGCGACGAGAACCCGGCCCCAGAGCAGACGUCUGCCAACGAGCAGAACGAGUCCGGUUCCGAGGGAGGCAAUACCUUGUACUAUAGUAUCCAGGAUGAAAUGGAUGACGAUGACGACGAGGACUAUGAGGAUGCCCCGGAUGAGCUGGAAGCGGACGACUUUCAAGAUGAUCCUAGAACUGUCGAAUUCCAGGUGAUUUUUGGUAAUGAUGAUGAUGAGGAGAUAGAUAUCGACGAUCAAAGCGAUGAUGCGGAUGAUGACGAGGAUGAAGAUUAUGACGAGGAAGAGGCCCAGCAUAUAAAUCCCGACGAACGCCGGGAGGAGGCCUUUCGUAUCCUAUCACUACUCAGAGCACGCCACCAGAAUGGUCUCAUAAGUCGAGGCCAGCUGCUGGCUCUGCUCAGCAAUCGCCAUAUUGGACGCGGCCUCAUGGGCGACAACGGCGAGGUCGAGCUCGAGUUGGAAGGCUUUUUUGGCCCAUGGGGUACGCGCAGUCGCCGUCCGCCAAAAGAUCCGAACCGCUUUCCCAAAGUGCCAAGCGACGAGGGCAGAAAACUCAUGCAGUCUGGCACUUUUGGCUCCAGUAAUGAAACUAUUCGCCAGGAUGGUACGAAGAGAAUAGCAAGACGCAUGCUCGAGAGGGAGCUUGGCAUCGGCGAUAGGCGCCAGCGCACCCGCAAUACAGACUUGAUAGCACAAUCGCUUGUUCCGUCCACCAGAGUUGAGCAAAUUAUACACUACGACGACCCCAUCUAUUCUGGCCAGUUUUCUGACGAUGGCAACUUUUUCUUUUCCGUAUGCCAAGACUUCAAAGUUCGCAUGUAUGACACCUCAAAUCCGUACAGGUGGCAGCAUUACAAGACAGUCAGCUUUCCCGGCGGACAGUGGACACUUACCGACGCUUCCUUGAGCCCGGACAACAAGUGGCUCGCCUAUACCUCGAUUGACAGUUGGGUGUGCAUUGCCCCAACAGACCCGAGCGAUCGCGGCGACCCUUAUGCUCUAAACCUGGCAGAAGGGACACGUCGCGUGACUGACGGCUUCCGCCGACGCGGCUUUGGAAUCUGGUCGAUCCGGUUUUCUGGCGACGGGAGGGAGCUUGUUGCCGGCACAAACGCCCACUCCCUGGUGAUCUACGAUAUCGAAUCCCGCCAAGUGCUUCACCAUGUCGAAGGCCAUGAGGAUGAUGUCAACGCCGUGUGCUUUGCCGAUAAAUUGUCGCCUCAUAUUCUGUACUCGGGAUCAGACGAUGCUACGAUCAAAGUUUGGGAUAGAAGAAGCAUGGGUGAUGGCCGUGAAGUCGGCGCCUUUGUCGGCCACGUCGAGGGCUUGACCUACAUAGACAGCAAAGGCGACGGACGCUAUAUCCUAAGCAACGGCAAAGACCAGAGCAUGAAACUUUGGGACCUGCGCAUGGCCAUGUCUACCGAGCGCUUCCACGAUAUGGGCCGCACCCGUUACGCCCACUCCACUGGCUUCGACUAUAGAAACGAAAUGUACGACGAGAGCGAUUGGGAUGCGCAUCCGCACGACAACUCGCUAGUGACUUUCCGCGGGCACAAGGUGCUGCGCACGCUGAUCCGAUGCCACUUUUCCCCGCCGUCGGCCACCAACUCCCGCUACGUAUAUUCCGGCAGCGCCGACGGAAAGGUGUACGUCUACAACAUGGACGCUACCAUUGCACGCAUCAUAGACGUCAAGCAGGCUACGGCGGGCACGCGACGUCGUGACCGCCGCACACGCCUGUACUUUGAUGAGCCGGGCGGCUGGGGGACCUGUGUUCGCGACGCUAGCUGGAACCCGAACGCGCCCGUAAUUGUCGCGUCGGCAUGGAACGGGUACAGUAUGGCUCGUGGAACGUGCACAGUACACUCUUUCAACGAGGCGGACGAAGACGAGGGUGAGCCAGAGAUGGGGCAGAGCGUUGACGACAUGCUCAAGGAUAACCCCGACUUUUAUCCAUCGAAUUACUGA